UUAUGUUACUGCCACCAUUGUUGUUGGUUGUAGUAUUUCAUGAUUAUUACUAGCAGGCUGCUUGCUUUGCCAGAGCGUUAUUUCGCUGGAAUCUGUUUGCGACGUAUGGUUCGGAUAGACAGACGGUGAUAGUAAGAUUUCGAUGAAAAACACUUUGUAACACAGCUUGUGAAACUAAACAGCUCUCUUCCUCGUACACGCUUUUUAUUUUAUCUUUACUUCUUAAUUUUUUCACGUCUUCCUUUCAAUUUAAUUUUUUUCCACCUUAAGAUACACAAUUAAGUUGGAUGAUCUGCAAUAUACCAUUUGAAAUACGGGCUUGAAUUUGAUAACAAAAUUACCAUAAAAUUUACUUUCCAAGGUAAAUACAAUAAUACUAAUUGUUUUUCUUAUUAUUCAUAUGUUAGAGUUCACUAGUUAGUGAUAAUUUAACGAAAUUGUUGCAAAUAUUUACAUUAUUUGAAUAGUGACUAGGCUAUAUAUAGAAGAGGGGAAACUAUAACAUAUUACAACGGAGAGCGCGACAUAAAUUCGUUGAGAAGAUUGGUUAAAAGUUGACAUUGUGAAAAAAAAAAAGUAACCUUUACUGUUAUACUUCAUAUCUUAUGUAUGAUUGUGCUUUAGAUAAUUUUGUAUAGUAUUCCAUACGACAUCACAAGUUUCUCACGAAAGAAAAAACAAAUGAAGCAACUAAUGCAGUAAGAAAAACUUGAAACUUUUCAUAGUCCCGUAAAUGAGAUGUAAAUCUGGUUUCUUAUGGAUUAUUUAAACCACAGUAUAUAAUAACGGGUUUUUAGAUAACGGAUUGUUAAAAGCUGACUGUUUCGUUCCGUUCAACAGUAGAAACGCCCGCGUAAAUUACAUGAACACCACAAAAUAAUAAAAUAAAAAAGAAGAGAAGAAAUACCGCCUGAUUCUAUUUUCAUGCAAUAUUGUAUAAAGUUGGGACAUUUGAAGUUCUUAUAAGAAUAAUCUUACGUUAACUUUGUCAAAUUUACGUGUGUAAAAUAUAUGUAUAUUUAUAAUAUCGAGAAAUAACGCAGAGGAAAUCACUUAAAGAGCGAAAAAAAAAAAAGUAACAAUAGGUGAAACAACAGAAAAGAAAAAAAUAAGCAACAAAUACAAUAUAGGUAGCGAAACCUUAGGCCGAAAAGUGGAGCUUGGAUGGAUAAGUACGUGUUUCGGCCGAGACAUGGGGUCUACCCCAAGUUCGCCGAGUUCAAGCGAAGAACAAGAGGGAGAUAAAUUUUGGGUACCACCAAAUGUGGCACAAAGGAAAAGGGCCCAGAGUUUGGUUCCCUUUACCCUACACAGAAGUAGCAUUGACGACGGAAGCUCAGGUACACCAACACCGACAUCAGCGGCUGCUGUACGUGACUUAGCCUUUUAUUUUCCGCCUAGUAAAUCCGACUCGGAAACUGGAGCUGAACGUGCUAGUCCAGCAGCGAAAGUGCCUGAUAUGAGCCCUUGUGUUUCCAAACUCCGGCAAAGAAGGGCUUCCAUGCACGAUGCUAUUGAUUAUACGAAGAUUGACACUAAACUCUACGACAAAAUCCUGGUUCGGAACAAAUCAGUACCAAGCAUUCAGGAGGAAGGCCGUGGAACGCUUAAUUUUAGCAUUCAUUAUAACAAAGACAAGUCUUUGUUGACUGUUAAGAUUAUCCAGGCACGGGAUUUGGUUCCUUGUGAAAAUAAUGGUACAGUUGACCCUUUCUGUAAAGUAUCCAUCUUGCCGAAACGCUGGAAUCAGUUAAACGGUAAAGUGUUGAAAAGUACAUUAAAUCCCAAAUUCGAGGAAGAAUUUGUGUUUGAAAUGCCGGCCGGAGACCUGAGGACGUCUACUUUGGAAAUACUUUUAGUUCAUCAUGACAAAUUUUCACGGGGAAACAGUAUUGGCAAAGUACAGAUGGCGUUGUGCGAUGUUGAUUUAUCGGAUAAAGUGAUCAUUUGGAAAAAUAUCAUGAAAAUAACCUCAGAAGAUAAAGAUCGGGAUAGAGAUAUCGGAGAUCUAAUGUUCUCCUUGAGCUACCUUUCUAGCGCCGAAAGAUUAACCGUGGUUGUUGUGAAAUCAAGAAACCUGGAACACACAGAAAGGGGUAAAAUCACUCUCGAUCCCUACGUAAAGGUAACCCUUAUAUAUGCAGGAAAGAAAAUUAAGAGGAAGAAGACAACUACAAAACGAAAUACGCAUAAUCCUGACUGGAACGAGGCAUUGGUGUUCAAUUUAAGUCGAGAAUACAUUAAAGAGAUCACAAUUGAGCUAGUCAUUUACCAUGACAACAAGAUCGGAAAUGAUGAAAUACUUGGCAAAGUAUUACUUAACCCUCAUUCUACUGGCGAAGAGAAGAUACACUUAGGUGAUAUGAUUGUAGGCAAAAGCACUGGUCCCCGCUGGCAUAAACUCACAAUGUAAACUUCAUUAUUUCUCUAGUUGAGAGCAAUGUUCUUGUAUCAAUGAAUAGAGAUGCUGUUAUUGAAUCAUUGAAAUUUUAAAAAAUUAUGAUUCAAGAAAAAAAGCAAGUGAUUUCAUUUGUUUUCAGAAAUGAAAUUAACAAAAGAAAUGCUAUGAGAAGGAACUCUGGGAGAAUGUUUGAUUUGUAAUUGAAGAACAUUAUUAUUCUCAUAACCAAGUAAGCUGAAAACGAAUUAUCUUGAAAUAUAUUUGAAAUCGAACGAUAAAAAACCCUACAGAUUCAGAAAAAUUUAUAUUUCCAAUUAUUUUAAUAUUUGUUUUAUCCCAAUACAUGAGAAUGAAAAACAAACGAAAAAAAAAUUGAAAAUAAAUCUAAAAGCCAAUCAGGAGAAAAUGUUCUUUGAUAAAUAAGUGAAUUAUAUGGAAUAAUAUUGGUCUUUGUAAUACUUGUUUCCCUGUAGUUAUUUCUAGCAUUGAGUAAGAGAAACAGUUUGAAAUAUUGUCAACACGCAAAAAAAAAAAACAUCUUAGAAAACAGAAUGAAUGCUUUUCGCUCAUAUAUUUCUUGUAUAUUUGAAAAACAUUUCUUUUAUCUUCCAACUAAUAUACAUGCAUCAACAUUUAGUCAACACAAUCAUAAUGUAAUUGUGUUUUGCUGAUAUCAUUCAUCGUCCUUUCAGUAGUUAUUACAUCGACUGAAGUAUACAGGUGUAAGAGAAUGGAAUUAGACGAAUGGAAUUGAUAUUCUAAUUCAUAUAUAAUCGCAUUAAUGUUUAUAUUAUAUGCAUAUAUAUAUAAAUAUAUAUAUAUAUAUAUAUAUAUAUAUAUAUAGGUAAGCAUGUAUUUACAUAUAUAUAUGUGCAUAUAAUUUAAUAUCUAUGUGUAUUUUUGCGUGCGUAUCUGUGCGCCCCGUGUGUGUCUUCACGAUCUCGAACUGUAUGAUCUCGUUUCAGCACCUCAGUUUCUCCUGUAAACUGCAAUAUAAAUAUGCAUAUAUAUAUAUAAUGUAUGUAUGUACGCAUGUAUUAUGAAAAACGUUAUCUGAAUUAGAUAUCGAGCAGGAUUAAUUCAAUAAAAAGUGAAACUCUAAUGAUGAAAUGAUACAAUUUUGUAUUUUUGUAGAACGAGAUAUUGUUUAGAAUUUCCUUAGAUUAUAAAACAUUAUUCUUUUUAAAUGUUUUAGCAUUUGUUAUUUACUAUUCUCUUCAUCACAUAAAUUGCAUAUUCAUUAGGACGAAGUUUCAUAUAUCCAUUUAUCUGUUGUAUAAUGUAUCCAUUUUGGUGAGUUCAGUAUAUAAUUGAAGAAAAGAUGCAUAAACAAAUUAAACGUAUAUUCCUUUUAAUCUUAGUCUAUGAAAUGAGAAAAAUAUAUUUCGAACUCAAUAUGGUUAUAUUCAAGUCAUUUAUAAAGACAUGCAAAUAAAAUAAUUUUGCAUACAUAAUUAUAAUUCAUCAACCCCUUUGAAAAUAAAAACAUCAAAGUAAAUGACAGUUAUAUAAUUUUUUUUCGAAAUUAACUACAGUUUUCUGAUUCUAUAAAAUCAAUUUCUUUAUCAACAAAGUUUCUAAUUCUUCAAAAUCUUAUCGAAUAUCUAUCCGCGAAAAGAUAUCAGAUAUUGUGCGAACGUAUUUAUACAAAAUUAAAACAACAUCCUACUGUAAAUUCUUCUGCAAAAAUGUAAAGUUACAUAUUGAUUUUCUUUCAAGUUGAAUAAUGGAUUUGAAAUGAUAAUAAUAAUAAUUAAAAAAAUAAUAAUGAUGAUGAUGAUGAUGAUGAUGAUGAUGAUGAUGAUGAUGAUGAUGAUGAUGAUGAUGAUAAUGAUAAUAAUAAUAACAACAACAAUAAUAAUAAUAAUAAUUUCUAACGUAGGCAUGAUGCCAUUUUUUGUUGUUAAAUGAUAUUUGAAUUAAUUGCAAUAUAUGACUGGUAUUAUAUUUCAUCGACCUCAGGGGAUAGAACGCAAAGUUGCUAUGGACGGGAUAUGAACGCGAAAAGUAAAGAACUAGAACAAAUACUGCAAGGUUCUUUGUCGAUGCCCGAGUGAUUGUGCAAAUCCACCUAGGUAAGAGUAAUGAUGAUUUUUAUAUAGUCAGGAGGCGAGAAAGUUUGCAGAAAAGGAACAGUCUAUCAUAUCGACCGCAGCACUACAUUUGUGCUUAUUUUGUCGAUUCCAGAUGGGAAAAAGAUAGGAUGGUAAUGAUGAUGGUAUCUUUGGUUACGUAAUGUAAAUAAACAGGAAUUUCAUAUUGGGACACAUCUUUAAAUGAGCGCGAAUAUGAGUUUGGAAUCUUGAAUGGAAAGCUAUUAAGAGAAUCUAUGUAUAUUAUAAUGCUACAAAAGAAAAGAUAUUGAUGAUCUGCCGUUCACAUUUCAGAAAAUUUGUGGAAAAAGUGCUUAUGUAUUGAGACUGCUGCUACAGAUAAUUAUAAGGAUAAUGGGGAGAAAGAAUUUGUUUGAUAGAUAAGUUAAUUUUAGUAGUCAAUUUGAAUUGUUUAAAAUUUUGCUACUUUUUCUCUCUAGUCUUCAACAUAGUUACUAUCGAAUUAUUAUCAUCAACAUUUAACACCAUAAUUCAUUCAACUUCAUAAUUGUAUUAGUGUUGUAUGUUGAGAAGGUCAUUAUACCAAUAAGAAACACAUACUCUCGUUCCAUUUCACUUCUUUUAUUAUUAGUCUACUAAUAAGCUAUGUAACCAAUUAACUAAUUGAUCGCUUAAUCGUUUGAUCAAUCAGAUAAUCAGCUUGGUUCACCAGCACCAUUUCGUCGCCAUUAGUGACUCAGCAAUACCUUCUCUGCUCGAGAUCUACUCACAACAGGAGUAGAUACGGCUUGCCAUUAAUGUAGUCACGAAUGAUAAAAUAAUAAUGAAAGUAGCGAAACAGAACUAGUACUUGUGAUUAUUAUGAACUUUCAAAGACACAACAUCUGUUUCAACACACGAUUUCAUUUCAAUGAUUGAAGCCGAGUACAAAAGCCAAAUGUCAUUAUUGCAAUUUAUCUUUAAGACAAAUUAGUUUUAAAGCUAUUUCUCAUAAAGGAGAUAGAUCAAAAUUUGAUUUCUUAGCAUUUAUUUGAAAAUUAAUAUUUUCUUUAGUUUCAACACAUAUAUUAAAGAACUAUGUGUUGAAACUAUUCAAAGUUCACCUUCUUCCUAGAAUGUUUUAACCUGCUUUACGGAACCUUGACCUGCUAGUUUCUGGAUUUAUUUCUAUCUAUAUCCACUUGUAAGAUGCAAAUGUAUUUGCACUAAGAAAUGCAUAUUAGUCAAACUGUAUUAAUGUUUUAAUGCAGUUUAAAGCCAGUGAGGUUAUUCGAUUUUAUUUUUUAAAUUUAAUUAAUGAAUGCCAUAGUCAUCCAGUAUUGCUCUGUCAAUACUGGCAUCACAUUUCCUCUCCUCGCUUAAAUAGGUUUUAGUCACAAGAGCUUCCUCCAAGAUAUCUAGCAUUUUGCCUAACACACCGAACACAAUACCAUGGAAGUUUUCAGUUAUCGUUUUAUUACUAUGUUCAAAUCCCGUCAAGGAAUCGGUUCAAAGUCUGCUUUUUAUAUCGCCAUAGUCGGUCAUAAACAUAUCAGUCAAACACUGGGAUGGGAUUGAGUAUUUUGUCAAUGUAUGAAAAUGUUAUUAUCAAUAUCAUGAUUAUUAAUCAUUGUCAAACUUACUGCUGCUGCUACUACUACUACUACUACUACUAUUAAUACUAAUACUACUUAUGACUACCAUUUUUGAGAUUCCUGGGCUGAAUUUACGUUCAAAUGUAUGGCACCGUUAUUAUACGGUAUUUAAAGUCAAAAGUUGAGAAAAGAAAACAUGGCAUUUUUUCUAUUUAUACUUGCAUUCACUUCCUAUUCAGUAGAGCUCUUUAAUUAUUCUAUAUUCCAAAUAAAAGUCUUGUUCUGAGAUGCAUAAAAAUUGUAAGCGUGCAUGCUUUGGUGUACAUAUGUAUUUCUCUGUGUGCUUGUGUGUGUGUGUAUAAUUUUACUUGUACAUAUGUAUUUAUACAACAAAAUAUAUUUAAAACGGUUUGUGCAGACACAUAGAUAUGUGUCUGUGUGUACGUGCGUAGUGUGUGUAUGUGAUGUGUAUAUGUUUAUACAAAUAUAGUGACCUAAAAAUAAAUGUAUACAUAUAUAAUUAUGUAUAGAAAUUUAUAAAGGUGUUUACAUACUUAUACAAGCCUACAAAAACUCAGUUAUAAUUUUUGAGCGAUAUAACUAAAUUAAUAUUUCUUAGCAAAUACUAAAAUCAAUUUUGAAACGGAAAAAGCAAUCGAUGGUUUUCAUCGUAAAGUUUUAUUCAAUUCGUAAUUUUUUUGUUUUUGCUUUUCUUUGUUUUUUUUUUCUGACUCAUCGACGAUACACUGGUUUUGGUGUGGAAUAUUAACGACAAAAAGUAUGUGUUUUUAGCGCAGCCGUGAACCUGUUAAUUCAUCUCAUUAUCCUUUGCUUAAGUAAAAUUGUCUAUAACUACAAUGCCAAAUAUUCAGCAGCAAUAUUCAUUAAUAAAUUUAAAAUAUCGUUAGACAAAAAAUAAGUUGUUUUUUUCUUGUAUGUAUUACUACUUAGAAAGAUAUAACCAACACAUAAAUAUACAAAACACAAAUAUUGCUAGCCGAUAGCUGUUCUUAAAAGGGAAACAGUUUAUAACGUUGUAAAAUAUAUUUUUGCAGCUCAGAGGUGUGAAAUGAAGGAAUAACUGAGGUAAAACAAAAAUCAUGCAUAUAUAAAAGUGUAUGGGUAUUUGUAUGCAUAUGAGAAUAUUUAUACACAUACAAACACACGUGUAUAUAUAUAUAUAUAUAACCUAAGUUAUUGAUUUUUCUUUCUUAUUCUAUCUUUGUCUGUAACUGCCGUGUCGGUGGUAAUAUUUGCAAACACACUACUAACACAUACAGGCAUACACACACGAGGAUCACCUCAUUUCCUUAAAGAGAAACAUACGUUUAAAACUAAAUUUUGAUAUGUUUGCCAGUAUUGAAUAAGAGUGAAAACUACUUCACUUUGACAGUAAUUGGGUAACUGUAAAAAGAUAAUCAAAUAGUCAAAUGUACAAUGACUUUUGAAGAAGAAACCACGAACAAAUAUGAAGCCAAACCUAACGUGUGAAUUAAAGUGUAUAUUGUUAUAGUGUACAUAUAUAUGAAAUUAUUCUUCACAUGUAUUUAGUGAUAAUAAUAGUGUAAUUUUUAUCCUUGUAGAUACACUAUUAAUUAAUAACUUGUGAUACGGAGUUUAUUGUAUUAUAAUUUCAUAAUUAUGUAUAUAAUGACAAUUUAAUAUACAAUUACAUAAACUGAAGAAUAUACGCAUUUAGCUUUGUGUGUGUGUGUGUGUGUGUGUGUGUGUGUGUGUGUGUGUGUGUGUGUGUGUGUGUGUGUGUGUGUGUGUGUGUGUGUGUGUGUGUGCAUGUGUGUGUGUGUGUGCAUAUGCACACGUAUUUGUAUGUCUAUAUAUCUGUAUGUCUUUAUGUGCAUAAUUGUAGUAUGUUUCCUUUAAAAAAAGAAAUUAGGAAAGAAACACAAUAUGUGGCGAAGUACAAAGUUUAUAGAUAUAGAUUGAGUGUAUUCAAGUUAGCGGCAGAAAAACAAGACGAGAGACAGAAUGAAAGCUUGUACGACUGAAACACUUAUGUGCUUUCUACGUAAUGAUAAUCUUAAUAGUUUUUAUAAAAUAAAAUACUGGUUGGGAAACAAUCACUUUAACUAUUUCUUAGAAGUGUUAGUUUGCAUUUUCUCAAUACAUUUCUUAGCUUGUAUUUCUCAAGUAUUAUGUUUAAAAACUAAAACUAAAUGUUUCACUUUUCUUAUCAACGUUGUUUGACCGAUUUACUAUGAACGAAAACAAUAACCAAAAUGAAUUCAUUCUUGUUUAGAAUUAAUUUUAAUGUUUGUUAUUUGGUCAUUUCAUUCUUAGUUCUACUUUGUUAAUAUAUCCUGACUAAUUGAUUAUAUUUAAAUAAAACAUUUUUAUCCUUUAA